AUCAGUUGUAUCUCGAAGCGAGUAGCGAAGGCAGAAAGUAUCGAUGGAUUUGUGAUUUUUCGUCAGUACAACCAACACACAAAGUGAAAUCGAAAUUUUUGCUCAUUUCCGAAUCAUCAAAUUUGUGAACAUUUCUUUUUUCAUUGCAUUUGGUAAUUGAUGCACACCGGAAAUUUUUUUAUCAAAAUUUGCGUAAUAAAAACAAGUGUUUGCGUGAAGAGACUAACUGGAAAUUAAUGUAAGGGAACGAAUGCGAUAUUCCAUUUUCGCAAAAAGCUAAUGAAAAAAAAAAUCAAUAAUUAAAAACGUUCCGAUAUUUCAUGUGAAAUUUAGUUGGAAUUGUUAAAUUUUUGUGCUUUGAAAAAGGAGAGGCACACGAACAGAAGUGAUUUCGUUCAAAGAGGAGGGUGGUAUAAUAUUUAAUGUGUAUGGCCAUCUUUGGUGGUUGAGUUGAAUACCAAGAAGAAGAAAAAAAGAACGAAGAAUAAAAUCGAUAGACGAUUUUCAUAAAUCAUAAAGUGCUCCGUAUAUACCGUGAAUAAUCGAUUGAAAUGUACGCUUUCGAUGGUUCAAUGUCUCGGCUAAAAUAGAUAAUGCUUAAACUACCAAAGGGAUUAAAAAAGAAGAAGAAUAAAAAGUCAAAAAAGAAUCAAGAACUUUUUACCGAGGAGGAACUCGAGCAAUUCAAGCGAGAGCAAAGGGCCAAACAACUUGCCGAACAGGAAGAAGCUGAAAAACAAGAGCAAACUCAUCAAGAGGAGCAACACCAACUGCACCAGCAACAACAACAAGCUCAAUCCCAACCAUCAGCUUCAACAUCCAAACCAAAAACCGAUGACGACGAAUGGUCAAAGUUUACACAACUAACAAGUGGCAUCGAUUCGAUUCUUAAGAAGACUCAAGGUGAUUUAAAUCGUAUUAAAGAGAAAUCGUUCUUCCAAAAAGUUGCACCGCCAAAACCAAAGCCAGCGGCAAAACAACCGGAAAACGAGCAGAAACCGCAAGACGAACAAGAAGAAAAUAAGCCAACAUUAACCGAAGAAGAAUUAGAGGAGCAACGUAAAUUAGCGGCACUCAAAGAGGCCGUUGUUGAACUCUCCGAGUCGGAAAGUGAGUCAGAGGAAGCGGAUGAUAUAUUCGAUACCAAUUAUAUCGAUGAAUUAGAAAAUUUACCACUUGCCUACGUUCCGGAAUCACCCGAAGAAACUGACCUCGGUCCCGAUCCAUUUGAUACAAAUUUCGCUGAAAAAGUUAUCAAAGGACCGGAAGUAUCAAAACGUGGUAAGAAAAUUGUUAACAUUGGUUCGGCCGUUGAAGUUUUAACGGGACGCGUUGAAAAUGUUUCAUUGAAUAAGGAAGCAUUGAAACGACCACGAAGAGGACCACAAAAUUUAUUACUCUCAAGUUUUGAUCAAGAUAAAGAAUCAAUCGAAGAAGAUAUUAUUGCUGAAGUAUUGAAACCAGAAGAAACUGAAGAAAAACCAGUACUCACAUUAUUAGAUGAUCCAAGUGAUGUGAUUGCCGAUGCUCCAAUUGAUUUGGGCCAUUUGGAUACACGAUAUUUGGAAUUUUUGAAGAAAAAACAAGAAGAAGAAAAAGAAGCGGAACGGUUACGUCGAGAGGCCGAACGUGACGAAUUUGAUGAUUUGGCCACUGAGUCAUUGACCAAACCAAAAUCUGAUGUGAUUGUAGUUGAUGCAAGCGCACUUGUUUUUGAACCAAUACCCGUCGAACAAGGAGAUUGGAAGUCCGAAUUUGAAGAACAAGCCGAAUUGGGCAUUGUUGAUGUUUAUGACGAAGAUAUUGGUGAAGACGAAGACGUAGAUCCAUUUGAUACUCAAUUUGUUGCAACAGUUGUACGUGAAAAAAGUAUCGACGACGACGAUUUCGAUCCACGUGCCGGUGAAGAGCCAACCAAUUCCGAUUCGAUUGCUAAAGUUGAACCGAUUUAUCAAUCAAGUCUAGCGGUUAAACAAAAAGAUUUAUUGAGCGGCAGCACAAGUGAUUUGACCGAUUUAUCGCACGUUCCUGUAAUUAGCGCAAGUGAAUCGAUUGAAAAGGAAAUCGAUCCGUUCGAUACAUCAACGAUAAGUGAACUUGUACAACCAAAAGAAACGGAAAUUAAAUUUUUAGAAAAAGAACUAUUGAGUGACAGUGGCAUAAAGCAUUCAUUGAGUGAUCCAGAUUUUGAUCCGAGAAGCGACGAAAAAGUCGCUCAACCACAAACACAAAUAAGCACAGCCGAACGCAAAUCAUCGCUUUGUUUGAACAUCAAUCAACAUCAUCAAACCAAAUCGGUGGUGUUUGAUGUGAGCAACACAUUGAAUAUAAAUAACGGUGAAGGAAAGAAAAAACCAGUGACUCCAUACUAUACGGAUAAAUCGAUUGAAGACGUUAACGAAGCAGCCGAUAUCAGUGAUUCGGAUUUUGAUCCGCGUGCCAUCACACCGAAUCAAAAGCCAGACCUAUUGAGUGUGGGCGAAGCAACUAUUGACAUUAAAGUACUAACACCAGCCACAUCUGCAGUCAAUCAAGACGAAGAAUUUGCGGUCGAAGACCCAUUUGAUACAAGUAACGCAUCUGCACUUCUUUUACCCGGCAAAGCCGAAUUGAAACUCAUUGAAAACGAAUUCAUUGACACCGUUAAAAGCACCGAAACAACCAACGUCUUAGACAUUAACUCUGACUCACAGGAACUUGGUUUGGGCGGUAAAGUUUUAACGCCACAAAUUACUUUGCCCGUUGAAGACUCAUUUGACGACAUCGAUCCAUUUGACACCUCAUUUGCAAGCAAUAUCGCACCCGGACAAGCCGAAAUUAAAAUUCUCGAAUCUGAAUUGAUUCACAAGUAAUAAGACUAAAUCGAAACAACCAAAUAA